CCUGUGCAGCUGGGUCCCUUCCCAGGAGGGACAGGGCGGCACGUGGAGUGGGAGCAGACACGUGGUGGUUUCCCGUCCUUCCCGCAUCCUUGGGAUCGGGUAUAUCUGAGCGCCGGUUGCGGGGAACGGCACGACGAGAUGGCGGCGGUGCUGGCUGCGGUGCUGGCGGCGGUGCUGGCGGUGUGCGGGGCUGAGUGCCCGACCGCGGCCGAUCUGAAGCCGGACAACGGCACGCGGCUCUGUGCUCAGCUCUACACCCAGAACAGCGUUUACUACGACGAGUGCUGCGCCGGCAGUUCGCUCAGCGUGCUUCCAGAUGCCGACGUCCCCUACAUGCCCACGGGUUGGUCCGGCAAAGUCUCCUCGUUGGUGGUGGGAAAGCGUUGUGAGCUGAAGGUCUGGUCCAAGGCUGGGAAGGCAGGCAACAAAAAGACCUUUUCGGCAGGCUCUUUCCCGAGGCUGCAGGAGGUGAGAAGGGGGCUCUUCCUGAACUGGAAUAAUGCCAUCAAGUCCUACUACUGUACGUGCAGCUGAGCAGGGCGCAGGGCCGCUCGGGGCUGCUCCACGCAGCGUGGGGUCAACGUGGGGUAGAACCAGUCAAUGUGGGUCAACACCAGUCAACGUAGGUCAACACACACCAAGAGGGGGUAACAUCAGUCGACGUGGGUCAACGUGGGGCAGAACCACUCAGCGUGGGUCAACACCACUCAGCGUGGGUCAACACCAGUAAACAUGGGGUAACAUCAGUCAACGUGGGUCAACGUGGGGCAGAACCACUCAACGUGGGUCAACACCAGUCAAAGUGCACCAACAUGGGGUGAAACGGUCAGUGUAGACCAACACAGGGCGGCGUUCAUCAAUGUGGAUCGACACCAGUCAACGUGGGUCAACGUGAGUCAACGUGCACCAAGAUGGGGUGAACCAGGCAACGAGGGUCCACGCCGGGCACCGAUCAUCAGCGUGAGGCCGCGCUCCUACCAGCAUUCGAUGCGAGUCGACCCUCAUCAACCUGGGUCAACGCGAGUGAGCGCAGCUCAACGCAGGCUGCGGGUUGUCGGCGUGGCUCCACGGCACCAGCAGCUCGUUGGUCCUCCUGCAGCCCAGCACGUCACGCUGAGCGGAUGCGGGUCACCACCAGCCAUCGCACGCCCAAGUGGGCCCACGUGGGCCAACGCAAGGCCCUGCGGAGCGACGCGAGCCAACGCGUCCACGGGAUCAGAAUCGGCCCCUGCCUGACCCCACGGACCACGAACAGGUCAGCAGUGAGAGGUGGGCACAUGAGCUGUGCCAGCCCCCCACCCUCCCCAGCCCCUGACCCCACACAGCUCUGAGCGUAGCCAAUAAAGCCUUGAGGAUGUGCA